AUGAACGGUGCUGGUAGCCCAUACGGCCAGCCGCCGGCGGCCUGGCAGGAGCACCGCACUCCUGAUGGUCGAGCCUACUACUACAACCCUGCGACCAAGGUCACGCAAUGGACCAAGCCGGAGGACAUGAUGUCUCCUGCUGAGAGAGCUCUUGCGAACCAGCCGUGGAAGGAGUACACCGCGGAAGGCGGCCGCAAGUACUGGUACAACACCGAGACGAAGACGAGCUCGUGGGAGAUGCCGGAGGCGUACAAGGCAGCUUUGGGCGCCACCGGCGGCUCUGCAGCGCCUGCUCCCGCAUCAUCCUACGACCGAGGCGGCCCCCCCGAUAGGUAUUCCAACUCUGGAUACGACUCUUAUCGCGGUGAUCAUCGCGAUCGUGAUCGUGACCGCGGCGACCGCGACCGCGACCGCGACCGUGAUGUAUACCCCGAGUCACGCCAGUUGACGUACGGCAACGACACGAAUGCCAAGGCCUUCGUUCCUGCGAGCAACGACCCCGAAUAUGCUACACAGGAGGAGGCCGAGGCCGCUUUCGUCAAGCUUCUCAAACGCAGCGGCGUCCAGUCUGACUGGACUUGGGAGCAGGCGUUGCGUACCAUCGCAAAGGAUCCUCAGUACAGGGCCAUCAAGGAUCCGAAGGAUCGCAAAGCGGCAUUCGAGAAGUACUGUCAUGACAUGAUCGUCCAAGACAAGGAGCGCGCCAAGGAGAGACUGACCAAGCUGCGUACUGACUUCGAGACCAUGCUCAAGCGUCAUCCUGAGAUCAAGCACUACACCCGGUGGAAGACCGCUCGCCCCAUGAUCGAGGGCGAAACCAUUUUCAGAUCCACCAACAACGAAAACGAGCGCCGCCAGCUCUUCGAGGAGUACAUCAUUGAGCUGAAGAAAGCACACGUGGAAAACCAGGCAGCUAUGCGCAAGACCGCCAUGGACGGCUUGAUCGACCUUCUGCCGAAGCUCAGCUUGGAGCCGUACACGCGCUGGUCUGAUGCCCAGGGCCUCAUUUCGUCCACGACGCCUUUCCAAAACGAUGAGAAGUACAAGACCCUUAGCAAGUUUGACAUCCUGAUUGCAUUCCAAAACCAUAUGAAGGCCUUGGAACGAUCUUUCAACGACUCUAAGCAGGAGCAGAAGAACAAGAAGUUCCGCAAGGAGCGCAAGGCGCGCGACGCUUUCCUUUCGCUUCUGAACGAACUCAGAAAGGACGGAAAGAUUAAUGCCGGUACCAAAUGGCGCCAAAUCCACCCCCUUAUCGAGAACGACGAUCGAUACAAGAACAUGGCCGGCCAAGGUGGCUCAACGCCACAGGAGCUCUUCUGGGAUCUCGUCGAGGAGGAAGAGAAGGCCAUCCGUGGCCCUAGAAACGACGUUCUGGAUGUUCUCGAUGACGAACAGUUUGAUGUCACCCCGAAGACAACGUUUGAGGAGUUCCACGCCGUUGUCAAAAAGAACCGACGAACUGCUAACAUUGAUCGUGACACACUUGUGGUUAUCCUUGAACGCAUCAAGGAAAAGCGGUCGUCCAAGCGAUCCGAAGACGAGCGACAAUCUGAACGACAGCAGCGCAGAGCCGCUGAUGAUCUCCGUGCUUAUUUGAAACGUAUGGAUCCCCCAAUCACUCUGGAUGACACGUACGAGAAGGUCAAAUCUCGCUUGGCGGACAUGCCUGCCUUCCAGGCUGUUACAUCCGAAGACGCUCGCAUCGCUGCCUUUGACAGACACAUGAGGAGGCUACGCGAGAAGGAGGAAGAGGCCGACCGUGACCGUCGUCGCCGACGUGGCCGCGACUCAAGUGAACGCGACUUGUACCGCGAGAGACCCCGAUCCAGAGACGCGUACGAGGCGGACAGACGCAAGGCCAUCGCCGAGCGUGAGCGCAAUCAUCGCAAAUCGACUAUGGCUGAAAGCCUCCUGUCCGAACGCGACCGCGACCGCGACCGCGACCGCCGUUUGUCGCCUCCCCCUCGUCGUGAGAGAGAGCGUGAGAGGGACAGAGACCGUGAGCGCGAUCGUGACCGCGACUAUGACCGUCAUCGUUCCCGCCGCGACGAUGAUGGCCACUACGACCGCGAGAGGAGGGACAGGGAAGAGGAGCGUGAGCGACUUUAUCGCCGGCGCAUGGAUUCUUAUGACGAGCUUCCGUAUGGGGAUGAGCGUCCUUCUGGAUCUCGCCGCCGCCGCGAGGAAGACGAGGAUGACCGCCGGGAUUCCAGGGACUCAAAGAGAGUCAGAAGAGAGAGAACACCCCGUGAGCGCACCCCCCAACGUGAAACACGUACCAAAAAUAGGACUCCUCCUCCCGUGGCAGCGACUGCGACUGCAACUACGACGACGACAACAACGGCGCCGCCGGCUGCCGAGAACAACAAAGACGACGCUGGUGUCCACUCAGGCUCUGAGGAGGGCGAGAUUGAGGAAGACUAA